AUGUCUGUCGUCCUACCAGGAGCUGCUCUCGAAGCUACACAAUCAAAAUCUGCCCCUCGUAAGUUGGGGCCCGGUCUCCGCGCACUGCCAGACGGCCCAGUCAUCGUCGUUAAGGCAGGCAAGUUACACACCACCAAUAACGGUGUCCCCUUCGUCGCAUCCAGUCAAAAACGCUAUGUCCCAGCAUCACAAGACAGUGUCAUUGCGCAAGUCACGGCGCGUUUCGCAGAGGGUUAUCGAGUCGAUCUUGGUGGCGCAUUGACCGGUUCUUUGGGUGCUCUAGCCUUUUUCAACGUCAAUCGCAAGAACAAGCCAAAUCUCGUGGUUGGAUCGUUGGUCUAUGCGCGUGUCGUGACGGGUGGCUCAGUCAUGGAACCCGAGAUUGAGUGUAUGAAUGCAGAGGGGAAAGCAGGUGGUUUCGGUGAACUCAAGGGUGGGUAUCUCAUGAAGGGCUUGUCCACAGGUUUAUGCAGACGUCUACUUGCACCCAAUAAUGUCGUGCUUGAGAUGCUCGGCGCGCAACUAUCGUUUGAGCUGGCUGUUGGCCUCAACGGCAGAGUAUGGGUGAAUGCAGAAGACACAAAGACCAUCUUGCUCGUGCGCGAUUGUAUUCUACAGACCGAGACCAUGGUCGAGCACGAAACACGAUCGCAUAUCAGAGCACUCCUC